UUAACAUCUUUUUUUCUUUCUGUCUGUGUGUCUCAGGCAUCCAUCCAUCACUUUGAGAAUGUUCUGGUUGUUGAACCACUCAGCACACCCUUAUCUUCACUCUUGAAUAUUUGGCCAACGGGGCCCUCUGCAGGUAAGAAAAGGAGCAGCUUGUCAUUAUCAGAUGAGAGUGACGAAGAAAGUGCAACAGAGAGCAACGGUGGGAACACAGGAGGAGGAUAUCAAGUACAGACGGGCUCUAACCUCGUCUCCUCCUCCUCCUCCUCUUCCUCUUCCUCGUCUGUGUUAGUUACUUUAUCCCCUAAGCCUGAAUCAUCACCUAGUCUCUCCUCAAAGCAGCCAUUAGACUCUUUCAAGUCACAGCUUAAAGGCCAGAUUCCAACAGGCACUCAUUCCAGUGCUGGACUGAAGCACUCACUAAACACAGACGGUUCAACUGGAGAAGACACCAAGGCAGAUGAGAUGGAGAAAGAGGUGGUGGGAGGCUGCCAGGAUGUGAACCUCCUCACAUUAACGUUUGGCAGGCAUGAGGAGGACCAAGAAGAGGAGGACAUUUCACACCACAACAUACCAAAAGAGGAGCUAGAGCAUAAUUUUUCUUCAGAGGAGUGCAGCAGCACCCUUGUCCUGCUCUCACAAACUUCAGACUCCAAGGAAGUUGCCACAGAAACUGUUUCCUUGGGUGUUGAUGAAGAUGAGGAAGAGGAAGACAUAGACUCUGGAUAUAUGGGGCGCUGAUGUAUAACAUGACUUUUAUAGAAGUCUUGAAGGUGAACAUUUUGUGAUGUUUUCAUAAUGUGUGAAAAGCAGUAUUUCAAAGAAAGGCUGAAGUUGUCGGUGCAUGCUG